AGUGAUGCCAGGCUCCGCCCCCUGCACUAGCCACGCCCCCUGGCCUGGCCUGGCCUCCUGGGCUCUGUCCUCUCCCCUCAUUGGCUGAGGUAUUUCUGCUUCCUGGAGACGGUUGCUAACAACUCGGGCGGUGUGGGGUAGUGGCAACCGUGAUGCUGGCCGGCGAGGAGAGGGCAGGCGUGAUCCCCGCACCUCCCUGUGCCUGGCAUGGGCUGCGUUCCCCCCAAGCCCACUGACCAUCCCCCCCAGACUGGCUGCCGGAGAGCGAGGAGGAGGAGAAGAUGCCACUGCACCGAUCUGCCUCAAGUACCCGCUCGGAGAGCAGCGACCUGGACCUGGAGGGCAUCGCCGAGAGCGAGCUGGCCAAGCUGCAGCGCCAGUUCCGGCUGCUAGAGGGCGACCGCCAUGCCUACACUCUGCAGUCCCAGGAGACCAUCCGCAAGCAGCUGGCCGACCUGCAGCGGCUGGAGAAGGAGCGGGAGGGGCUGCUGCGGGAGCUGCGGGUGGCGAAGGGCCGUGCCAACAGGCAGCGGGAGCAGGAGAAGGCUGACAGCCUGCGUGCCCUGCUGCGACACCAAGACCAGGUGGAGGAGCAGGCGGCUGUGGAGAGGAGGAUGGUGGCCCAGCUAGACCAUGAGAUCCGGAGCUGGGAGAAGCGGCUGGCGGGGCUGGCGAAGCGGGCGGGCAGUGAAGGAGUCAGCCAGCGGCACAAGGCCCAGGGCCAGAGGAGGGUGCGCACCCUGGAGAACCAGUUAGACAAGGCAUCAGCCCGGUUCAACUCCCAGCUGGCGCUGAACGCUGGCUUGCGCGAGGAGCUGGAGACCCUGCGCAUCGAACGUGGGCGCUUCGAACACCUCUACCGCAGGCUGGAAAGGGAGCUGCAGGAGACGCGGAAAGCCAUUGGAGCCGUGAUCGACUCCUCUUCCUCUGCCUUUGAUGCUAGGGACGAGGCCCAGACCAAGCUGGGGCAGCUGCAGGAGAAGGCGGAGAAGGACCUGGCCCAGCAUGAGGCCGAGAUGAAGGAGUUGCAGCGGGUUCUGGACCACGACCGGCGCUUACGUCACUUCCUGGACAUCAAGGUGCAGGAGCGGACGUUCACCCAGGAAGCACUGGAGGCCAAGCGCAAAAGAGAGCAAGAGGAGGCCGAGGGGAAGCACCGGGACCCCAGAGAGGAGCUGCUGGAAUCCUAUGAAACCGCCUUCAAGGAGAUUCAACAGCUGACAGGGGAAGACGACCUGGAUGUGCUGGUGGAGAAAUUCAUAGCAGUUGAGGACCGGAAUUUCGCCCAGUUCAACUACGUCAACGAGCAGAACAACGAGAUGGAGCGACUGGGGGAGCGAAUCACCCAGGUGCGUCGGGAGAUCCAGGAGGUGCAGGCCCGGGAUGAGCAGGAGCAGCAGGAGCAGCGGGUGCAGACCCGGGCACUGGAGAUGCAGCAGGAGGCUGUCAUGCAGGAGGCCCAGGAGCUGCUGAGCAAAGAGAAGGUGGCCAGGAAAACCCUGGAACAGCUCAAAGAGGGGAUCAGGUCACUGUUCAGGAAGCUGGACUGUCAGUGCUCAGAGCUGGAUUUGGCGCUGGGGGGCUCGACUGUGGUGCAGGACAGGAACAUCUCCGUGUUCCUGGGUCUCCUGGAGCAACGGGCCCACGAGCUGUUGGCCAUGCGCUCCUAUCUGGCCUCCAAGAAUUACGAUCUGCCCUAUGACCCCGAAGAGACGGCUCGACUGCUCCUGGGGCAGAUGGCGGGUUAUGCCCCCAAAGCAUACCCCCUGCGGCCCCCCACUGCCGGGGAGGAAUAUGAAGCUGGGAGUGAGGAAGAGGAACGACCCCUCACCCACAGUGAACUGAGAGACCGCAUCCUCCGGGAGGUGCUGAGCAAGGAGGAGACACCGUCCCCCAAGAAGACCCAGUACACCGAGUCGGGGGGGCUGCGGGCAGCUGGGGUGCCCCGGCGCACCAUGGAGGCCUGAGGCCGGUGCUGGGGUCGGAGCUGGGUCUCCUGUGGCAAAUAGUAUCCCGGUGAUCCCGCCAUGCCGAUCCAGCGCACCAAGUCCGUGGGCAACACGCAGGCCCUGACCUCACAGGUGGGCAUUGUCCGCCUGCUGGAGGCGCUCUUUGCCUGCGUCACCUUCAGCCUGGUGGUGCACCAGGGGGGCUGGUAUGGCCGUAACGGUGACUGGUGCAUGUUCUGCUGGUGCUUCUGCUUCACCAUGACGCUGCUGGUGUUGGUGGUGGAGUUCAUGGGGCUCCAGCACCGCAUGCCCGUCUCCUGGAAGAACUUCCCCAUCACCUUCGCCAUGUACGCCACCAUCAUGUGCCUCUCGGCCUCCAUCAUCUACCCGGUCACCCACAUCCAGAAAAGCAGCACCUAUGGCAAAAUCAAGGACUACCAGAUUGCUGCCACCGUCUUCUCCUGCCUCACUUGCCUGGCCUACUCGGUGGAGGUGACCAUGACCCGGGCCAAGCCGGGUGAGGUGACAGGCUACAUGGCCACCGUGCCCGGGCUGCUGAAGGUGGUGGAGACCUUCGUGGCCUGCAUCAUCUUCGUCUUCAUCAGUGAGCCAGUCUCCUAUGACCGCCAUGAGGCGCUAAAGUGGUGCCUGGCCGUCUACUGCAUCUGCUUCAUCCUCUCGCUGGUGGUCAUUGUGCUGUGCAUCGGGGAGUGCACCGGCUGGCUGCCCUGUGCCUUCAACAAGUUCCUAAGUGGCUACACACUGCUGGCUGUGCUCAUGUAUGCCACGGCCACCGUCAUCUGGCCCAUCUACAGCUUCGACCGUAAGCAGGGCGGCGAGCCGCGCCGGCCCUCCAACUGCCAGAACCACAACUUCUGCUACUGGGAUAAGUGGGUGGCCAUUGCUGUGCUGACGGCCAUCAACCUGCUGGUCUACUUGGCCGACCUGGUGUACUCCGCUCGGCUCAUCUUCAUCCAGGCCUAGUCGCCGGAGGCUGCUGGACCGGCUGAGUGCUGGGGACUAGGGCCGGUCUCCCACCGUGUUCUCUGGAUCUCAUCCGUCUGUUUUGUCCUCUCAUUCAUUUAUUCUUUUCUUUUCUUUUUCUUUAUUCUUUUUCUCUCUUUCAUUUAUUGUCUUUAUCUUUCUUUCUUUUGUGCUUUUCCUUUCUCAUAAUUAUUCAUUUUUCUUUUUCUGUUUCAUUUACUGUCUUUAUCUUUCAUUUAUUCUUUUCCUUUAUCCCUCUUUCUUUAUUUCUUUGCUCUUUCUUUUCUUUCAUUUCCUCUCAUUAAUUCAUUUAUUCUUUCCUGUCAUGUAUGUAUUCGUUUAUUUUCUUUCUCUCUUUCAAUCGUUCUCAUUUAUUCCUUCUUUUCUUGGAGCUCUUUCUCUCACUUUCUUUUCUUUCUCUUGGUCUUUUGUUCGUUUUCUUUCAUUUAUUUUCUCAUUUUCUUUUUCCUUCUUCUUUUCUCCCUCCUCUCCAGCAUUCUCCGUCCAGGCAUACCCCCUCCCUUGUAAUAACAAGGUUAUCCUUUUUGCCUUAGCCUGGCUAAUCAUGGCUAAUCACCGGCCAUUCUGUGCCUUUUAUCGAGCGGGAGAAAGAUCGGUGGCCUGACCAGCAGGGCCCAGUGGGCACUGGAGCCUUUAAACUCAGCACCUCCGAUCCCAGCAGAAGUAGGGGGAGAAACAGCAGGGAGGGCGGGAAAGAGGCGAUGACUCCCCUUUAAUGGAAAUAUUUGUCUGGUGGUUAAAAAUGCUUGCCUCCAGAGUCUUAAAGGUAAUGGGUGCACUCUGGCACCUUCCUAAGAAAAAGCCACCAGUGGUUAAACAGCACGCAGCCUUUAAUGAAAAUAUUUGUCUGGCGGUAAGAAAUUCUUGCCUGCUGGAGUCUUAAAGGUAAAUCACCAAAUCAGCCGUCUAGCUGGAAAUUUAAAAAAAUAAAAAAAAAUACCCCAAACCCCAUUCGCUUGGUUCUUUAAUAUUUAUCCAGGGGUUUUAAAUAGUCCUGGCGGUCAUUAUCUUAAAGGUGAUGUUGCCGGACCCGUGCCUCACCGUGCUAGAAUGUAGCUAGCUGCUCACGUUGGUCCAAUCUCUCUCUUUGUAUCAUUCAUCUGUUUUUUUUUUAUACAUCUAUUUUUUACACUGGUAUAAACGCAGACAAAAAGUAUUAUGGUCUUUGUUGCAAGUGUUUGUGUCACAAUUGAUGAUGUAGCAAAUUAUGGGGCGGGGGGAGUUUAUAUACGUAUAAAUAUAUAGAGAGAGAAAACAGGAAGUAACAAUAAAUGACUGAAAGGUA